GACGGCUUGGAAAGAUUAAUAGUAGUAUAAUAUAAUAUAAAACAAAUAGGCCUUUAUAAAUCAAGGACAUAGCUGCUCAUACAUGUUUUGAGGGGAAAACACGUUUGCCUAAGGCAAGCCAUUCUUAGAGGAAACUCAUUAAAUGACCUAUUAAAUUAAUCACAAAUAGUUAUUCAUAGAACUGUUAAUUAAUUAUUGAGUCAGCAAAACUGGUUAAUUGGCUAGUUUAGCCGAAAUAUUUGAUUUCCUGUUGGAAAGUGGCUACACUUUGACAACGCUCUCGGUCAGUUGAUUAACAUGAAACAAUCUAGUACCCUGAAAACACGCACGACCGAAAAGACACAUCGGCAGGUGUCAAAGCCUUUGAUGGAGCGGCGACGGAGAGCACGCAUCAAUGGAUGCCUUGGAGAACUCAGAACUUUGCUCCUGCAAUCGCACAUAGCCCAGUCCUGCCGCCGCUCGAAACUGGAAAAAGCGGAUAUUCUCGAAUUGACAGUUAGACAUCUGAAGGCACUCACACAGAGUAAUGGAUCGGGAAGUUUUGCAGAAGUUGCGAUGAGUAGGUUUUACGCUGGGUACAGCGACUGCGCCAGGGAGGUGAGCCGCUUUCUCAGCACAAGCGACGUGAUAAACAAUACGGUGAGGGGGUCUUUACUUCACCGGCUUUCUGAUCGGGCCACGGCUUUGGCCAGCGGUGCGGCGCUGCCCAACCAUCUACCAGACACUCCCGUCCAUCGGUUCUCUUUUGAACGUCUUCCUGCAUUUUCCAGCGCAGGUUCUUCGGUGACUGAAUCCCAUUUGUUGACACCUCUGCAGUCCGUAGUCGUUAGUCAGCCUGCAACUCUUCCAGUUGCGAAUUCGGCUUUUUCAUUCCCGCUACAGAUACGUCACGAAUCCCCCUUGGGUCCAGGGGUCAGCACGCGACUCGUACAUGUAAAGACUGUUCUGGACAGCAAAGUGCAUACUGAGAACUCCUGCACGUCUGAAACAGUCUGGAGACCUUGGUGACUCUCAACAACGCAGAAAAUACUUACUAUAACAAGCGGAGGGUGGAAAUAGCUUAGCGGCACCAUACAAAAUACUAUAAAGUGUCUUAGGCCAUUGUUUCCUUUGCAUGUUUCUACGGUAUAUAUUAGUUGUAUGAUUAGAAUAAAGGUUGCACAGUAUUUUCAAUAGUCCAAUAUUAGGGCAUUUGUAAGUUGUAAGGUGACAAAAUGUUAAUGUAACAAAUAUUAUAGGAAUGCAGACAAGGUGAAGGAACAACGAGCCAUUAGUUUCACAUUGGAGGAAGGAGACAAAUUUGAGAAAAUGCAUUUUUGAAGAUGUACUUCUGAAAUGAUUUACUUGUCUUAUCAUGCACUUAUAAUGAAUAAAGAACUAUUUAAAACUUC